AUCGUCUUGCACGAGAUGCAUCACGCCAUGGGAGGGAUCCACGAACAACAGAGAGACAGGAGGAAGUACUUUGUGAAGAUCAACUGGGAAAACAUCCAGGCUGAUUACAACAAUCAAUACGCCCUCAGUCAACAUACCAUCAACAACGAACCUUACGAUUACAGAUCUAUACUCCAGUAUCACUUAACGGCGUUCACGUCAAAUGGCAAGGCCACCAUGACUAUCCCUGACACAGACCUUAACUACCUGAUCACCAACAGUAAAUAUGUUUUGUCAUAUUACGACUUGGCGGAAGUUAACAAGGUGUACAGCUGCCCCACAGCUGCCUGUAUUUUGGACUGUAAGAAUGGCGGGUUCAGAAUGAGAGCAGUGGCCCAGACCGCGUGUAGCUGUCACUGUCCCACGGGACUCAAGGGGGACACCUGUGAGGAGCUGGACACUGAUGCUGAUUGUGGUGGUAUCAUCACUCUAACAAAUGGCGGGUCUAACGAAAUCAAGAUGACGUCAUACACCACCGGAAAACAGUGCACGUGGCUCGUAAAAGCUGAGACCAACUCCAUCAUGAAAGCCACGGUUACAUCGGUUGACCUCCCCUUUGACUCAAAUAACGACUGCCAUCAUUGGUUGGAAUUCCGUGAUUACCUCAUCGGCAAUGACGGGAAAGAAUUGUGUGGAAAAUCUACAGAUCCCAAAACAUACACACAGACCAACAUCGGCGAGUAUUCUCCCUUUAUGAUCAGAUUCAACAGCAAAAAUACCUACACGCCGGGUACCGGUUUUACCAUUAAAGUGGAAGCCAUUCAAUCAGGUUGCAUGAGUUCUCCUUGUAAAACGGGGUCUCUGUGUUCCGAAAAUGGCGGGGGCGGUGCUUACACAUGUGCCUGUACAAACGGCAUGUCAGGUACCAACUGUGACGAAUUCAGGGCUCCGUCAUACAAUUUAUGCGACUCUGAAGAUGACUAUGGCACAUGUUUGUUUGAUCAGGAUAAUUCAGGGGACAUAAUCUGGAGUUUCAACACGAAAUUGUGUGACUGGGGAGGAUGCGACAAAGGAGUUUUGACUCGCGGUACGGGCUACCAAUACCUGACCCUUACACCCUACUACGACAGCGUGUCCUGGAACUACGGGUCAAAGGCCCUUAUCAAAACAUACGCCAAAAUUACAGCUGUUGACCGCUGUUUAUCAUUUGAAUACGCCAUUGGUAGUUAUGCUGAUAGGGAUUUUCUCACAAAACUCAACGUGUACGUGGAAGGAACCGGGAAAGCGAAAACCAACGUCAAAAGCAUUGAAUCCAGCACGAGCUAUGUCUGGCAGACCGAAUCGGUUUCUAUUGAAGCUGUUGAGAAUUUAGUGAUCACGAUAGAAGGCGUGAUUGGUCCCCAGCUGAUCGGUGUGGACAAUAUUUCUCUACGCCCGGGAUUAUGUACAAACACGCCAUGUAACCCGAAUCCAUGUCUGAACGGCGGAACGUGUGACGAAUCCAACCCACCGGAAGGAACUAAAUACGCGUGCACGUGUACUACAGGAUUCUCAGGAGACAGGUGCGAGGACUCUCAAACUACGAACGCCUGUGACCAAAACACCUGCCAGAACGGUGCUACCUGUGUAGCUGACGCGACCAAAGCGGACGGUUACAGGUGUGAGUGUGACACAGGUUAUACCGGCGACAAAUGUCAGGUCACUGACUACUGUGCAAAUUCUCCCUGUAAAAAUGGAGGAACGUGUACAUCCGGUUCAACGACAUUCACUUGUCAGUGUGACGCGGGCUAUACAGGAAGCACUUGUGAAGUCACUGACUACUGUGCAAAUUCUCCCUGUAAAAAUGGAGGAACGUGCACAUCCGGUGCAACGACAUUCACUUGUCAGUGUGACGCGGGUUAUACAGGAAGCACCUGUGAAGUCACUGACUACUGUGCAAAUUCUCCCUGUAAAAAUGGAGGAACGUGCAAAUCCGGUGCAACGACAUUCACUUGUCAGUGUGACGCGGGUUAUACAGGAAGCACCUGUGAAGUCACUGACUACUGUGCAAAUUCUCCCUGUAAAAAUGGUGGAACGUGUACAUCCGGUUCAACGACAUUCACUUGUCAGUGUGACGCGGGCUAUACAGGAAGCACUUGUGAAGUCACGGAUUACUGUGCAAACUCUCCGUGCAAAAAUGGCGGGACGUGCACAUCCGGUUCCACGACAUUCUCUUGUCAGUGUGACACCGGUUAUACGGGGAACACUUGUGAAGUCAUUGACUACUGUGCAAAUUCUCCCUGUAAAAAUGGCGGAACGUGUACAUCCGGUUCAACGACAUUCAGUUGUCAGUGUGGUACUGGUUACACAGGAAGUACUUGUGAAGUCACUGAUUAUUGUGCAAAUUCUCCCUGUAAAAAUGGCGGAACGUGUACAUCCGGUUCAACGACAUUCACUUGUCAGUGUGACGCUGGUUAUACAGGAAGCACUUGUGAAGUCACUGAUUAUUGUGCAAAUUCUCCCUGUAAAAAUGGCGGAACGUGUACAUCCGGUUCAACGACAUUCACUUGUCAGUGUGAUGCGGGCUAUACAGGAAGCACUUGUGAAGUCACGGACUACUGUUCAAACUCUCCCUGUAAAAAUGGUGGAACGUGUACAUCCGGUUCAACGACAUUCUCUUGUCAGUGUGACGCUGGUUAUACAGGAAGCACUUGUGAAGUCACUGAUUAUUGUGCAAAUUCUCCCUGUAAAAAUGGCGGAACGUGUACAUCCGGUUCAACGACAUUCACUUGUCAGUGUGAUGCGGGCUAUACAGGAAGCACUUGUGAAGUCACGGACUAUUGUUCAAACUCUCCCUGUAAAAAUGGUGGAACGUGUACAUCCGGUUCAACGACAUUCUCUUGUCAGUGUGAUACUGGUUUUUCCGGAAGCACUUGUGAAGUCACUGACUACUGUGCAAAUUCUCCCUGUAAAAAUGGCGGAACGUGUACAUCCGGUUCAACGACAUUUUCUUGUCAGUGUGACACGGGCUAUACAGGAAGCACUUGUGAAGUUGCCGACUACUGUGCAAACUCUCCCUGCAAAAAUGGCGGAACGUGCACAUCCGGUUCAACGACAUUCUCUUGUCAGUGUGGUGCUGGUUAUACAGGAAGCACUUGUGAAGUCAGUGACUACUGCGCAAAUGCUCCCUGCAAAAAUGGUGGAACGUGUACAUCCGGUUCUACGACAUUCUCUUGUCAGUGUGACACUGGUUAUACAGGGGACACUUGUGAAGUCACUGACUACUGUGCAAAUUCUCCCUGUAAAAAUGGCGGAACGUGUACAUCCGGUUCAACGACAUUCUCUUGUCAGUGUGACGCUGGUUUUACAGGAAGCACUUGUGAAGUCACUGACUACUGUGCAAAUUCUCCCUGUAAAAAUGGCGGAACGUGUACAUCCGGUUCCACGACAUUCUCUUGUCGGUGUGAUACUGGUUUUACAGGAAGCACUUGUGAAGUCACUGACUACUGUGCAAAUUCUCCCUGUAAAAAUGGCGGAACGUGCACAUCCGGUUCAACGACAUUUUCUUGUCAGUGUGACGCGGGUUACACAGGAAGCACUUGUGAAGUUACUGACUACUGUGCAAACUCUCCCUGUAAAAAUGGCGGAACGUGUACAUCCGGUUCUACGUCAUUCUCUUGUCAGUGUGACGCUGGUUAUACAGGGGACACAUGUGAAGACCCCGUGACAACAAACCCGUGUGACCAGCAUGCCUGUUUGAAUAGUGCUUCCUGUGUAUCAGAUGCGACCGACCCAGAGGGUUACAGGUGUGACUGUGCUCCCGGUUAUACCGGCAACAGGUGUCAAGAUAUCGACACCGGAACAGGAAAUCCCUGUGAUAGCAACCCUUGUCAAAAUGGCGGUAGUUGUGUGGAGACCCCUAACGAAGGCGACCCUUACAGAUGUGAUUGCCCUACUGGUUACCCUGGUCGUCACUGUGAAGGUCGAUCGUGUUCGUUCGAGGUUGAGAAUGACGCAGCGUGUUUCUUAGAUACUCAGGACAAAAGUUCACAUUGGCAUAGAGAAACGAAAAGAACUAAUUCCUCGGGAACAGGGCCACGGCGGGCGUAUGAGGGAGACUAUUACUUUUAUUUCGAAGCAUCAUAUCGCACCGCCGGGGGAUUGUAUUAUUUCUUUGACAACGGAGUCUUGUUUGAAAAUAAAAUUCACUGCUUGAGUCUUUACUACCACAUGAAUGGGAGAGGUAUGGGGACGUUUGAAAUCUAUACCUAUAAAACAAGCUACGAGAGACAUUUCUCAAUCAGCGGUAACCAAGGAAGACGAUGGCACAAGCUGGACCUAGAUCUUCCCCUUGACGAAUACACCUAUAUCACGGUUGUUGCCAUUAGAGGGGACAGUUACCAAAGUGACAUUGCAAUAGAUGACGUCAAGCUGAUGCCAAACGCAUGUCCAAAGUGA